UUAUCAUCAUUAUUUUAUUAUUAUUUAAGAUAGUGUGAGACACUUGUAUUUAAGUUUAUCUUCUCUGUAGCGGCGAGGUACUGUCGCUGUACAGUACAGUUCAUUAUGUUGUUGUACAUUAAAACUUGUUUGCACUCCUGCCCUCUGCUCUACUGUACAAUACACCGUCAGAGAGCCUCGGCUCACGUGACUGUGUAUUGUAUGUACACCUUGAAAUACUUUGUAUUGUGCUCACCAAAAAAGGUUUGCUUACCUGCUUAUUUACUUACUUACUUACUUACUUACUUACUUACUUACUUGCACACACACACACACACACACACACACACACACACACACAGUCAAGUCUUGCCUCGUGUUGUCUUGUCAAAUGGUUUGGCCACAACACACACUGGCCACAACACACGUGCCAUGCCGUGUACCACAGUGUCUCUUACUCCCAUCCACUUCUUUGUCUUGUCCCCACAUCCCGGUGCUCACGCCGGCCACUUCAAGGCUCAACUCCCUCCCUCGCGCACUCAGCCUUGCAGGCCACGUCUCUCCUGCCCUGCUCCUCACUCGGGAAAUUUCUUUGCAGGCUGCUGUAGAGAGGAACUGUCGUCCCAAGCCCUCCACCAUGGCCAGCACUCCAACAGUACAUGUCCAUCGCAUUAAGCUUAUCUGUCUCAUGGAGAACGCAGGCAAGGACGUCUUGACCUUCGUGUUGAAGCGCGGCGCGCUGAACGCCCCCGCCACGCCGCCGGGCCAGUCCCUCACUGACUACCUUGACAACCUCCCUCAAGGCUCGACAGCCAACUAUGGCUGGAUGAGUAACAAACAAAAGAGAUCAGCACUGAACCACACUGACCGCCGCCAAGCACAACGCUUCCCUUUAUGGGACAACUUUGAUGUGACUUUCCUGCACAAAGCAAUAAAGCUGACGUGCGAAGGCCUGGCGAGAGAUGGCGAUCCCGAAUGGCGGAACCAGAACACCCUGGAGGGAUUGGUAACGAAAAUCAAGGAUGAGCGGAAUGAACUCUUUCAUGAAGUGAAAUCUUUCAGCGAGGCAGAGUACCAGCACAAAGUCAACGAGUUAGAACACCUCUUUAUCCGAGUCCUCGCCGUAGCCAAGACCAAAUACUGCAUUCCUGACGCAGAGGUGACACCCGUGCAGGACAACACCCGGCAGGUCACUGAUACCUUCAGAAAUGUGGGAUUGGAGGAAGCAAUUUUAAGAUAUAAAUUAAGUAACAUGUGUCAGUUAUUCAUAAGCAUGAGUCAGACCCACCUCAAAGCAUUCUAUGAUCGCGUGCAAACCUUUGAUCCUCUGUCCUUCCUUACCAACUCACCAAAACACUGCCAUCACAUCCAGGACAUUUUCUGCAAGAUGUCCCUCGUGGAAGGAAGAGGACACCUCCAACAGAGGCGAGACAUCGACACUUGCGACGUGCUGACGGUGACGCGCCGCGCGGGACAGAAUCCACAGCCGUCCACAUCCUCAUCGGCCAAGCCGCCCAAGCACGGUGCCAAGCCACAGGUCAUCCUGAUCAGGGGCGUGGCAGGAAGCGGCAAAACGACCCUGCUCACCUUCCUUGUCUCAGAGUGGCUUCAGGACCCCGGCGCCUGCACCAUCAAACACCUGGACGAGUACGACAUCGUGGUGCGUGUCUUGUGCCGCGAUGAUGAAGGCCCAUCUCUCCAGAACUUCCUCAAAGUGAUCCUCCCAAACCAUUUUGCUGUGAUGGAAGAACACCUCAUCCCCCUCCUACAACAAUGCAAAGUUCUCUUCCUGAUUGACGGCCUGGACGAACUGUCGCCAGGCACUCCAUCACACAGCCUUGUGAAGGACAUCAUCAACAUCUCAAAAUACUCGCCAGGCUUCACACUCGUCUGCACAUCGCGGCCCGAAACGGUGCAAGACUUCCUGGCCAAAUUACCUGAUGGCUAUGAGGUGUGGGACAUGGAGAUGAAAAGUGUUAGCCAUGAACAAAGAAUUCAUUUUGUCAUGAAGCAUUACAACAGCUUCCCAGACAAGGGGAACAAAGACCCUGAGAGGCUUGAGUAUCUAAUGAAACACAUUGGCUGGAAGGAUUACCUCGGCCUGCCCUUGAACCUGCAUUUUAUUGCAUGGUUGUUUUAUUUGAAUGUAGACAACAUCAAGAUCACCACCACCCAGACCAGCCUGUACGUCACCAUACGAGAUUGGUGCAUACAAAAACUGCAGGCCAGACUCACAGAUCAUUCACUAGACAGACAGACUCGUGAGGUCCACAUCUACAAGGUAUUGGAAGACCUAUAUGACGUGUCUAUGCAGGCUAUUCUAGAAGCCCGACUCACUCUGUCAAAACAGGAAGAGCAGAAGCUAAUUUGUUCCUGUCAUGAGAAAGGAUUACCCAGCAAGGAAGUCAUCCCAGCGUUUUUCAAUCUUCAAGACACCAGUGACAGGCUGGGGCAUCAUCAGACGUACGCAGCCCCACACAAGAGCCUACAAGAAUUCUACGGUGCAUCAGCAAUCGUCCACAAGCUGGUGGAGGACUCACGCUCAGCAAACAUACGACGCAUGCUUCACUUCCCGCCGCCAGAACAGCUCCGGAACUUGAGGAACCUGCUGCUGCACGUGGCAGGUCUCCUCUGCCACCCUAACACACCACUUUGUGCUGCAGCCAUACAAGAGGUGGUGGACCUGCUGGCGGGGACUGGUGUGAAAAGCUGUGAUGAUUGGCUGUCCAUGCUGGAGGACACUGAAGUGAACAGGACUGCCUUGGAUUGUGUUGUCAGACACAUUACAAGUGAUGAGAGGGAGGAUGUAACAAUAACAGACAGCACCAUCACCAGUGCCAGGGCCCUCCUCCCCCUCAUCCCCUCCAAGGUGGUACGGAUAGAGCUAAGCAGGAAGGAAUCAGACGCGCAGGGGCUCAUCUUUGAACACCACAAAUACAUUGAUCUGUCCCUGGACCACCAAUACAGGCAUCCAGACCAAGCCACUCUCUGUGACUCCUUGCUGCGUGCCAUGCCCAGGUGGGUCUGUGUGUGUGUGUGUGUGUGUGUGUGUGUGUGUGACGGUGAAGAUGAUGAUAGUGAUGACGAUAGUGAUGAAGAUGGUGUUGGUGGUGGUGGUGGCGGUGAAUAUGAUGGUGGGGGUGAUGGCAAUAGUGAACAUGAUGGUGACGGUGAUGGUGGUGGAGAUGAUUAG